ACUUUGAACUUGCGGAUUAUUCUCAAUAACUAUACAUUUUUUUUGUAUUAACUUAUAAGUUAAGAUAAUAAAAUGAAAUGAGUUAAGCGCGUUAAAAUAUUUUUGAUUAAUAUAUAUUUUUGUUUAUUGAAUUUAAAAUGUAUAAACCAGCGGUAACUGUGAAACGAAUCGAUGUUUUGAUUCGUAUUUUGAACGGUCGUAAAACGAUAUUAUCCUCUAAUUUUGUCCGAGCAUAUUCUUCUGAAGGUAAAAUUAUGAUAGGAAAUGUAAGCAAAGAAAUCACGAAACCCCAUAAGCUUCAAUACGUUCCUCGAAAAUAUCUUAUAACUGAAGAUUUAGAAUUAAAGUCAUUAUCACAAAGCACUCUCCGCAAUUUAAGAUGGAUGAUGCAAAAGGAUAUUUUAGGCCAGGAUAUGUUUUUAUUAGGAAGGCCUGGACCGAGUCGGAGAAAAGUGGCAUUACAGUAUUUGGAGUUGACGCAAAGGGAAUUAGAAUAUGUUGCUUUAUCAAGGGAUACAACGGAAGCCGAUCUUAAGCAGCGAAGAGAGAUCCAAAGUUCUACAGCAAAAUAUUUUGAUCAGAGUGCAGUACGCGCGGCGAUUGAGGGUCGUGUCCUUUUAAUAGAGGGCAUCGAAAAAGCGGAAAGAAACGUGUUGCCAGUGUUAAAUAAUCUUCUAGAAAAUAGAGAAAUGCAUUUAGAAGAUGGAAGAUUUUUAAUACCAGCUUCAAGAUACGAUAAAUUGUUACAAGAACAUGGCGCAGAAGAGGUUUCGAAAUGGCGCUUAGUGCGUGUUGAUGAAAAUUUUCGCGUAAUAGCGCUAGGGUUGCCAGUUCCGAAGUACAGCGGGCAACCGCUAGACCCGCCGUUGCGUUCGCGGUUCCAGGCGAGGGACGUUGCUACUGUUGGAUUUGGGGAACAUCUUAACGCCUUGAAAGAUGAAGCACCCCGUGUGGAUACGGUAAAGCUGGAACAGUUGCUAUCUGCCGCCUACGCACUUAUCAGCCCCGAAUUGCAGCAAAUAAGCCUACCAGACUUCCCAGUGGAUAGCUUAUAUGCUGCUGCACUAAUUUUGGAAAGGAACCCAAAUAUACCUGUGCACAAACUCUUGUACUUCUUAUAUCCAUACAACACAUUCCUUUCAAAAGAUCACGUGAAGAACGUACAGGCAGUUUUACAUAAUCUGAAUAUUGACACCAAAUCAGAUUGGAAUAUAUUUCUAAAAAAAAUUGACUUUAAAGAAAAUCAGAAUAUAUUAGAUAUGGAAAUAAAUGGUCAAACCUCACAAUUUGGAGUUGCAAUCGGCGAUAGAAAGAGUAAGACGGAAAAGAAAGGAUUUGUGAAUACGGAGUACCAGACUCAGUUGCUGAAUGAGAUACUUCUAAGCCAUAGUGUUGGAGAUUUCUGUAUUAUUGGUCCCAAAGGCUGUGGGAAAAGUCUUCUUGUCUCUCAAAUGGCGUCCUUAUUAGGUUAUACGAUAGAGCCUAUAGUCCUGUAUCAGGAUAUGACAGCCAGAGAUUUAAUUCAGCAACGUACAACUUUGGACAAUGGGGAUACAGUUUGGCGAAACUCCGCUUUAGUUGAAGCGGCUUUGAAGGGACAUUUGGCGGUAUUAGAUGGAUUACAUCGAAUACAUGCUAGUACUUUAGCAGUUCUCCACAGAUUAGUCCACGAUAGAGAGAUUCAACUCCAUGAUGGUACAAGAUUGCUUCGCCACGAUAGAUACGACGAUCUGCUGUCUUCUGGUUUAUCUCAAAAAGAAUUAGAAGAAAGUGGCGUUAAGAGAAUUCAUCCUUCAUUCAGACUGAUAGCGUUAGCUGAACCUCCCGUCGCUAGUCGAGGACAGCAAUGGUUGUCUCCUGAAAUCCUUAGUUUGUUCAUAUUUCAUGAGAUGAGAAAUUUAAGUAAAAAUGAGGAGAUAUUUAUUAUUAAUUCAUUGUAUGGAGACAUCUCUAGACCAUUACAUUCGAUAAUAGACUUAGCUGAUCAACUAAGACAAUCGGAAGACAGUACUCUAAAGAAUCUCUCAUCGUCAUUAUCGACAAGACAGCUCCUGAGAAUAGCCAGUCGUAUGUCUAAAUAUCCUGCCGAUUCGGCCUAUGAAACCGUACAAAGAACGUUUUUAGCAAAAUUCCUUCCGAACUUAGCUAGACGAGCGCUUGAUGGCGCCAGUCAGAAAAUUGGAAUCCAACCACCAACGAAACUUGGUAUUUUUGGGCGAGACCCUAAAAAAGUUGGAUGUUCUGUUCAGAAUGGAGUACUGACUAUUGGUAAAACCAGCACGAACAUAUUUAAAACUGAUGCUUUAACUAAAGUUCCUGACAUUCUAUUCUAUGACGUACCACAACAUAUAUCUCUCCUUGAAUGGCUUCUACAAGAUUUUCUUCUAGGAAACCAUUUACUCUUAGUCGGCAAUCAGGGUGUUGGGAAAAACAAAAUAGCGGAUAGACUUCUUCAAUUAUUAAACCGUCCGAGAGAAUAUAUUCAGUUACAUAGAGACACGACUGUCCAAUCGUUAACUGUUCAGCCAACUGUUCGUGAUGGUGUUGUCAUUUACGAAGAUUCUCCAUUAGUCAAAGCUGUUAAAUACGGCCACGUCCUAGUUGUCGACGAAGCAGAUAAGGCCCCAACUCACGUUACAUGUAUACUAAAAACAUUGGUAGAAAACGGAGAAAUGAUACUCAGUGAUGGAAGACGUAUUGUGCCUAAGGAUAUGAUGGAAAGUUCUGGAGGAGAUGUGUCCAGCUUUAUACCUGUGCACGAAGAUUUCAAGAUGAUUGUGCUAGCUAAUAGACCAGGAUUUCCUUUCCUUGGGAACGACUUCUUCGCUUCGUUGGGUGACCUUUUCUCCUGUCAUGCAGUGGACAAUCCUUCAAUUGAUUCAGAGCUAGAGUUACUCCGUUCCUACGGUCCUGAUGUACCGGAAGACCUGAUGAAGAAAUUGGUCGAAGCAUUCGCGGUACUGAGAAACAUGGCUGACCAAGGUCAAUUGACUUAUCCCUACUCUACACGAGAACUUGUGAACAUUGUUAAACAUUUACAGAAAUAUCCCGAAGAGGACAUAGCAACAGCGAUCGGCAACGUGUUCGAUUUCGAUCGUUACAGCAAAGAUAUGGCUGAUACUUUAUUAGAAGUUUUGCACGCUAGUGGAUUACCUACUGAGGGGGUACUAGAAGGGAGAUCAAAAGAAGCAUUACAAAAGAUACAAAUGACUAUUGAGAGGACCAGUGGCAAAGACGUGUCAUCUCCCAAGCAUGGUAAAGAAGACCCAGACAACCAGCCUCACGUAGGUGGAAACACGUGGGCUGGUGGAACCGGGGGUAGGGAUACUGCUGGGCUCGGGGGAAAGGGGGGACCGUACCGACUGGAUAAAGGGCAUGACGUCCAUCAGCUAUCAGAUGCAGAGAAAGAUGAUAUUCCCGAGCACGUGAAAAAGGCGGCGCUGGAGAUGAACAGGAAAGCUUUCGAGGAGAGAUUGAAAGAGAUUAGGAUGAGUGAAUAUGACGCGAAGUUAUAUGGACAGUUCUUAAGAGCAGUUCAACCACAGAUUGGAGCUCUUCGUGGCGUUUUAGCUGAAUUAAAAGCUAAGAAAAAGGAGCGACAGUGGAGCAGACAUCAGACCAGCGGAGAAUUAGACGAUGGAAAAAUAAUUGAAGGUAUAACAGGCGAACGAUCCAUCUACAGGCGGAGGACUGAACAGGAUCCGCCCCCGGGUGCUCCGCCGGACAAACCCAAACGCCUGAGACUAGUUGUGGACGUAUCCGGCAGUAUGUAUAGGUUUAAUUCGUACGACGGACGUCUCGAACGUUCCAUGGAGGCUGUAGUCUUAAUGAUGGAAGCUUUAAAGGGUUACGAAUCAAGGAUAAGAUAUGACAUGUACGCUCAUUCAGGAGAAGAAUACGCCAUGGAGCUGGUCAAGGUGGACAGGCCUCCUGAGAAUGAAAAGGAACGGUUACAAAUAAUCCGCACGAUGCACGCGCACGCGCAGUUCUGCUGGUCGGGCGACAACACGCUGCGCGCCGCCGCGCACGCCGUGGGCGCGCUGGCGGGCGGCGCGGGCGGCGCGGGCGGCGCCGACGACGCGGACGACGCCGUGCUCGUCGUGCUGUCCGACGCCAACCUGCGCCGAUACGGCAUUCGACCAGAAGAUUUAGGUGCUAUUUUAACGUCGGAUCCGAGAGUACAGGCCCACGUUAUAUUUAUUGGGAGUCUCGGUGACGAAGCCAAUACACUCCUGCGCAGGCUGCCCGUUGGUCACGCGCACGUUUGUAUGGAUGUCGCAUCGCUGCCACACAUCAUGCAACAAAUAUUCGCCUCGUCAUUGAUGCAGACCUCAUAAAAUAAUAUUGCCUUAAAUACAUAAGUAUUAUAAAAAAAAACUUUACAUUUCCGUAUUAUAUACAUGUAUGUGUAUAAAUUCUCGAUGUAAUUGAUAUCAGCUUUGUUUACAAAUGUUAACAAAAUGAAUCGAGGUUCCCACUAUUUACUUAUACACAAAACAUUAAUAUUUUGUAUGCUGUUGCAAUUUUAAGAAUAAGUGAGUCAGUGUUAUUGUCAAUAUCGAUGGAAGAUUACCAGUAGGUUAGGUAGGAUUCCUUUGCUCGGUUGAAUAAAAAAAAAAAAACAAUAAGUAACAAUUAUUUGGGAUCUCUGCUAUGAGCUUAGAAUUUUGAUUAUAGAUUAUGAUUAUGAAAAAUCUAUUAAAAUAGGUUUGUUACUGAUAUACUAAAAAGUAUACAAAUACCCAUUGCUUAAUUUAAUUGUUUAUAUAUAAACAUACAUAAAAAUGUAGAAAUGAAUGGUACAAUUUAAAUUUGAUAGAUGAUUUUGAAAACACAUUACAAUAUAUUUAACAUAUAAUUCAUAUUUCAAUCAUCAUACUUGACUGCCUCUUCGGUCUAGUGGCUAAAGAUAAGGCCUCAGAUCCCGAUGUCCUGAAUUCAAAUCCCAAGUCGGGCCGAUAAAAAGUUAUUAAGUUUUUCUGUCAAAGAUUCUCAGAAGCAGAAGGAAAUUAAAAUUGUACACGCACCUUGCGCACGUAAAGCCGUUGGUCCUGCACCUAAACUCUUUCCGCUCGUGUCGGGUUGCCCUUUCAUCAGAUUAUGAGAGUGAGGGAAUAGAGAGUGCACCUGUGUUUGCGCAUACAAGACAUAUGUCUUGCGCAGUUGGCUAAUCCCUCUUGAGAAUUGCCGCCGUGGCUGAAAUCGUUCUGGAGGAAAUCAUCAUAUUAUUAUAUUAUAUGAUAUGUAUAUAAAGAUUUAAACCGAUUUUUUUUUGAGAUUUAUUGUUUUUGAAAUUAGAAUAAAACGAUAUAAUGCAUAAUUGCAUACGACGAAAGGGUUUUGUUUUAUAAUGUUUAGAUGUUAAAUAAAAUAUUUUUAGCGGUAUUUGUUUAGAUGCACAUACAAUAUUAAUAUAUUUUUUAUAUUAUAUGAUUUUAAAAUAAUAAUAAUUAGUGAAUAAAUAUUGACCAAAUAUACGUAAAAAAAUAUCUGCUAGGAUGAAUAUUUUUUUUAAAUAUUUGACUUGGGUAAAUCUAGGCUGUGUUCAGAUGUUACAUAAAUAGUUUU